GAGCCUCUGCCGCAGGUCAUAUGACAGCUGGUCACAUAGACCAGACCUGACGGACCGAACCAGCUGCUGAACCUUAACCAGUGCAGAACCUGAACCCUCUGCAGGACGUCUCUACUCCUGAGCUGCGGUUGGACCCGAAGAUUUCAACUAUUAUACAUUCUGAAUCUUCUGAGCUUGGGAAUUCCCUGUAGGCCAACCCAUCCUUGAUAAAGGAGCAAUGUCUGUGGUGAAGCUGAAGGAGUGUCGCCAGAGGAUUCGCACAGAGCUGGACAGCGUUGUGGACUUUUGGCUCAAAUACUCUCAUGACGCUGAACACGGAGGCUUCUUCACUUGUCUUGGGAGGGAUGGGAAGGUUUACGAUGAGCUGAAAUACGUCUGGCUGCAGGGUCGACAGGUGUGGAUGUACUGCCGCCUGUACCGAACCAUGGAGCGCUUUCACAAGCCUGAAAUCCUCGAAGCAGCAAAAGCUGGAGGAGCAUUCCUCAGGAAGUUUGCUCGUGUGUCCGGCGGUGGCGGCGGCGGCCGGUGGAAGUGUGCCUUCUGCUUAACAAGAGAUGGUAAAGCAGUCAAAGUUCAGAGGACUAUAUUCAGUGAGUGUUUCUACGUCAUGGCCAUGGAUGAACUGAGCAGGGUCACUGGUGACAUGGACAUGCAGCUGGAGGCUGAACAGAUGAUGGAGCAGUUGAUCUACUGGGUCAGGGAGGACCCGUCUGGCCUGGGCCGGCCCCAGCUUCCUGGAGACAUUCCCAGCAACAGCAUGGCAGUUCCCAUGAUGCUGCUGUGUCUGGUGCAGCAGCUAACUGAAGGCCGGGGGCAGGAGGUGGUUCAGAAGUACGGAGAUCUGGGCAGCUGGUGUGUCCAGCAGAUUCUACAACACAUACAGAGAGGCGGCACAGCUGUUUUAGAGAACGUGUCGCUGGAAGGAGCAGAGCUGCCGGGCUGCCAGGGCCGGCUGCAGAACCCAGGCCACGCUCUGGAAGCCGGCUGGUUCCUGCUUCAGUUCAGUGCAGCGCUGGGGGACGAGGAACUCCAGAGGACCGCCAUUAACAAGUUUGUGGAGCUCCCUUAUCAGUACGGCUGGGAUAAAGAGCAUGGUGGCCUCUUUUACUUCCUGGAUGUGGAAGGUCACUGCCCUACACAGCUGGAGUGGAGUAUGAAGCUGUGGUGGCCUCACUGUGAGGCGCUCAUCGCCUUCCUGAUGGCCUACAGUCAAACCCAGAGGCCAGAGCUGCUCCAGAGAUUCUCUCAGGUUUACGAAUACACCUUCAGCCACUUUCCGGACGCUAAGAGCGGCGAGUGGUUUGGCUAUCUGACCCAGGAAGGGAGAGUAGUGCUGGACUUUAAAGGAGGCCCCUUUAAAGGGUUCUUCCACGUGCCUCGCUGCCUGUACAUGUGCGAGCGUAUUCUGGACGAUCUGCUGUUAAACCAGGAUUGAGCGAUCUGACGGUGGCGUUAUAAUGAUGAUGGGACUGAAUCUGAUGUUUGGGUCUGUUCACUAAUCAAACCACAAUAAUCAUGUCAAAAAGCAAAACUGCACUAAUUUUCAAACCUCAUCACAAAUAUCCAGUGACUGAGCGGCUCAUUAAAUUAGUUACUACUGCAUACUGACAUAUAUCAGCAUUCACUGUGUACUAUAUACAUGAUGUUACUAUGUUAACUGUUAAGCACCAAAAUACCAAAGCAAUUGCUUUUAUGUGUGAUUCUGAAUAAACCGUAGGCUUCUUUAUAUAUCUUCUGUGGAAGUUUGUAUUGACAUUAAUGUAAGAUCUAACUACAUCAUGAUUUUCUUACUUUUUCUUUCUCCUUUUAAUUUGCUGAGAAAAUAUCCAGCCGUUCCUGUUGUUAAGAUUCUCUGCCAUAAUUAGGGGAGAGCGGGGUGAGUUGAGACAAUUUUUACUUGAGGUGUCUUUAAAGCGAGGACAUGACAGUACUUUCUCCGACUAAAAUAUGAACAUAUAUUUUAGGAUGUGGUGCAUCCCUGGAAAUAAUCAAUUUGGAUCUAAAAUAAACUGUUUUCCAAAUAUGGCUUUCCAAAAAAAAAGUGGACUCUUGGCUCAACUUGCCCCAUAUGAGUGGUAAGUUGAGCCAAGAGAGAGGAUAAGUUGAGACACAUGUCAUUUUAUCAUGCAAACUCAAACGCCAGGUCCCAACAUUCAAUUGCACUAAGAUAGUGAAACAUUGCAGCUAUGUCUCCUAGUUGUUUCAUAUUAAUGUACUGCUUUAAAGCCAUCCUGUUGAUCGUCAUGUCCUGUGCCACCUGAUAAAUGGACCCAUUUUUGUACCUCUCCCAUUACUCUGUCCAAACCCACAAUAGGAGUUGAAGCCUGUCUGUCUUCCAUUUAUAGAAGCAUGACAUGAUGGUUUCUGGUCUAAAAUGCAUAAUGUCACAUCAUUUCAAUGAUGCAUAAGGCGGCAAUGUAAAAUUACAGUCAAAUAUCUGUCUCAACUUCCCCCAGGUCUUUUGGCUCAAAAGACCCCAUCCCCGCCAUUUUAACAAAAUUGUGUCAUCCAGCUGUUUAAGGGUAAAGUCAUGCUAACAGUAUAGCCUCAUAUUGUAACUACCUAAAGUACUAAUGUGUAAGAUUUUCUCAAACCUGUCUGUAAUUGUUCAGAUACAAGAAUCAGGACUCCUUGAACAAAAAAAAAAAUCACUUUGAAUGGCAAAUAGCAGGGUUUUUUUUUUUAUCUUAAAUGUGCUUAUAACUUAUUCCAUGGGCCUCUCUCCAUCACAGGGUGAGGAAAAUGGAUGACUCUUAAAAAAUGUGUGGUCAUGUGACCAAUUUUGUCUAUAAUGGAGAAACAAGAGGUGGCUCAACUUCCCCACAGGCUCAAAUCACCACGCUCUCCCCUAAUGUUAUAAGCUGCUCAGUAACUGAAAUGUCCAAAUUACCAGUGAUAUGACUUUUACACUCAGGCUGACAUCUGUAAACAAUUUAGAUUUCCCACUUUGCACCUGACUACACGUAUGUGGAUGCUGAAAGGAAACCCAUGAACAUGCUGGGAGACCUUUGCAUGCUGACCCAGGACCAGUAAACCUCUUCCCCUCCCUCAUCAUACACACUAAAACAUUAACACCAAACAACUAAUGUCAAAAUGUGCCUUCUACACUGAACAUUAGAGACAGCACUGUGUCUUUACAUCCUGUUCAUUCCAUUUUAUACAGCUAAUGGAGUAACUAGGUAGUUUUCUUUUCAAGCAUACCGAUUAUUAUCAUAUAUUAAAGUUGAAUCAACUAUUUUAGUGCUGGGGACGUGCAUACGGCUGUUUUGUAUUGAGAUAUUACAGUUAAUGAUUAAAUGUGGACUGUGAUGUAUUCAGAUUAUUUCAUUGAAUUGCAUUUGUAAUUAGACAGUUAACGUUGCUUUAGAUGUGACAGGUUCACUGUACGUAAAGCACCUUGUAGACAGUGAUUUACAAAUAAAGUUAUGAUUGAAGGACGUGUUGUGAAGCUGGGCCACAAAGCAGCGUUUGACUGUAGAACUGAGUUAUAAGGUGCUUUACAUGGUUAAACAUAAAUUAAAAACACUUUAAAACAGAGGCAAAUAAAAUCAAGCAGUUUAAAAGGACAAAGUUAAAAAGAAAUGAGAUUCCACAACAGUGAUGCAGUUAAAAUGGACAUAUACAAUAUAGAAAUGCAAUGAUGCACUAAAAUGAAUAAAAGGCUGUUUUGUAAAGGUGAUUAAAAAGAUGUCUCUGAACCUGA